UUGGACUUGAGCACCUCAAUCAGAAGCAGCCAAUCGGAAGCGAGCUCUUCAGUCUCACCUCAGGAUAUAAGCGUGGACGGCGGUGAGGACCGGAGCAGCAGAGUGGCGCGAUGGAGACAGUCCAGAUCAGAACCUCGACAGACAAGAACUGCAACACACAGGACGCCCCUCCCAGAAAGAGGAGGAGGACCGAGAGUGUGUGGCGCAGUAGAGACCACUUUGAGGAUCUGUAUGAAGUGCAGGACGUCUUUGCCAAAGGCGGUUUCGGUAUGGUGUGCGCGGGUCGCCGUCGAGCCGACAACACUCCGGUCGCCGUGAAGUUCAUCAACAAGUGCCAAGUCAAAUACAUAAACGUCGUCAUGAACGGCGAGGAGUGCCGGACCAUCAAGGAAGCCGCUCUCAUGGUGAGAGGCGGUCGCCGGUCCAAUUUCGUCGUCAACCUGCUGGACCUCUUCGACCUGAAGCACCAGGCCAUCCUCAUCAUGGAGCGGCCCACAUGCGCCAUCGACCUCCACACGUACCGCAAAGAGCGAGGGCAUCUGACGGAGGACCAGACAAAGAACAUCCUGCGACAGACGGUGUCGGCCCUCGUCCACAUUCACGCCAACGGCGUCUUCCACAGAGAUAUCAAAGAGAAAAACAUCCUGGUGCUGAGCAACUCCACCUCCCCUCGCAUCAAAAUCAUCGACUUCGGCUGCAGCUGCCUGGUGAGCGAGGAGCCGUACCAGCCGGGAAUGUUCGCUGGGACUCCAUCGUUCGCCCCUCCGGAGGUUCUGUGGCAUGAGGAGUACAACUCGGGGCCCACCACGGUGUGGCAGCUGGGAGCCAUGAUGUGGCAGAUGACCAGCUACUACCGAGGCUUCAGCACCAAGAAGUUCCUCGAGGGGAGUCUGAAGCACAUACGGGACCUCUCUGAUGUGGGAAUGGACUUCCUGAACUUGUGCCUGCUUGUGGAUGAAGACCACAGAGCCACAUUGAAGGAGCUACAGCGCCACCCGUGGCUGAAACUGUAGAGCCCUCGCCUUCCCCCCCAGACUUCUGCAUCAUUGUUCAUGAGUGGACACUGAAGACUUCACUUUCAGUGUCCACUGAGUGAAGGGUGAUGUUAACUGCACUAUAGGGGCCUGGUGAGCUGACCGGCUGCAGGCACCACCAAAGAGGAAACUUUGUAAAUAUUGUUUAUGAGGCGGAAAGUGACUUAGCGUAUUGAUAGUAACAGAUUCCAAUUUGUUUUUUUAA